AUGGAAGAGUAUAAGGAAUAUAAAGCUGCGAAAACUGAGCUGAAAGACGCAAUAACAAAGACAAAGAAAGAUAAAUGGGAAGAGCUACGUAACGAUAUAAACCAAAAUCCGUGGGGUCUCGGAUAUAAGAUUGUAAUGAAAAAACUCGAAGCAAAACAGUCCACCCCUGAGUUAAAUGCCGCAGCUAUGGAGCACAUCGUAAGCACUCUGUUCCCAACCCAUGACCUGCGAAGAGACGCACCAGAACAUGCACAAGAGAGCUCAUAUCUGCCUUUCACUAUGGAGGAAAUGUACACGGCAGCAAAUACUUUAAAGACCAAAAAAGCCCCUGAUCCUGAUGGGAUACCAGUGGAAGUGUUAAAGCUAAUCGCUUUGGAACACCCGCACUUACUGCUAUCCAUGUACAGUGCAUGCUUGAACGAGGGCAUUUUCCCAGAAAUAUGGAAGAGGCAGCAUCUGACCCUAAUAAGCAAAGGCAAAGGAGACCCAGGAACAUCAUCAGCAUACCGACCUCUAUGCAUGCUAGAUACAGCAGGAAAGCUACUAGAAAUACUGUUGAAACCCCGAAUCAUAGCAGCCAUAAACGAUGCUGGAGGCCUAUCRGAGCGACAACAUGGCUUCAGACCAGGCAGGUGCACUAUCGGAGCUGUGGAAGACGUCGUGCGCAGCGUGGAGGAAGCGCAUCGAAAGAACAACUUCUCCAGGCCAAUAGUUCUCCUCGCAACACUUGACAUACGAAAUGCAUUCAAUAGCGCAAAGUGGGCAAAUAUGAUCGACGCACUAGAAAGUCGCUUCAAAACGCCCCUCUACUUGAUGAAAAUGAUACGAAGCUAUCUUAAAGACAGGAAAUUACUGUAUGAUACGAGUGACGGCCCAAAAAGUAAAGAAAUAACCUCUGGAGCAGCGCAGGGAUCAAUACUUGGAUCAGAUCUAUGGAAUGCCAGCUACGACGGAAUUUUAAACGUUGAAAUGCCUGACGAUUGCUACCUCGUUGGCUAUGCAGACGACAUUGCCGCCGUCAUAACCGCGCGUAAUACCGAAAUGGCAACGCAGACAUGGUUGAACUCACACGGACUCAGCCUAGCUGCUGAAAAAACAGAAGUGAUCCUGCUCACUAGGAAACAUAUCCCGCUGGAGACGAUCGAGCAACUUAAAUCAAGCAAUGUAGUAGGCGGCGCCACUGAUAUGACAGAAAAAGACGAUUCAUCGAAUAGCAGAGCUUCGACUACUUUAAAUAACGGCGCAACGAAUGUCAACGCGACAUUCAACAAACAAACAAACAUACACUAUGCAACAAAUAAUAGCGGCGGCUCUUCGAACGACAGCGGCGCAUUGAACAACGACAGCGGCGCAUUGAACGACGACAGCGGCGCAUUGAACAACGGCAGCGCUUUCAACGAUAACAGCACAUUAAACGACAAUGACGGUUUGAACAGCAACUUGGCCAAUGAGACUAUGGGUUAUGACGUAGUUUUGGGUAGAGACUUUUUCAAAGCAAGUAAUUUAGUUUUGAUAUGCAAGGAUGAGGUCAAAAAGUAUACAUUUAUUAAGUUGAAAAAGAGUGUUGAUGAUGACAGUGUUGAAUAUGAAAGUGUAAGCGAUGAAG